UGGGAAGUGUGGGACCGGGGAAACUAGAGAGCACCAAAGGAACGAUAUAUAUAGGACACGUGACGUACAGUUGCAGUGUGCUACCUUGGUACUCCGUGUGCGAUAAAACCGCGCGCCUUCUCACCCACAUUGAAGAUUUUAUAUUUACUGCGUGGAUUAACGGAUUAUAAAAGGUUAUGCAGUUGCAUCGACUCGACAUCUCCGCUCUGCCUGGCCUGGCAUAGCCAGCAGUUAUCAGUGAUUUCAUUGAUUGAUAUCAGGAUUUCGUGUUGGUCUCCUUUUCCAGCAUUACUCGUGUAGAAGGAGAACAAUGGACUAAACGUUUUCUUGAUUAGCUACUUUACAAGGGAAGAACUCUAAUUGGAAAAUUGGCGUUGAGUUUUCUUGACUACAAAUUGUUGUCUGGUAGUGGAACACUACUCAAUCUGUGUGAUGCGUCGGAAGUUAUAGGCGUGCAGCAAGACGACACUUUUAAUAGUUUAACUUCCUAACCACUGAAUCGACCCGAAAAUGUCUAAUACAAAGUUCAAAAAGGAUAAAGAAAUCAUUGCUGAUUACGAGAGUCAAGUUAAAGAGAUCCGUGCCCAACUGGUGGAGCAGCAGAAAUGCCUGGACCAGCAGACGGAGAUGAGGGUCCAGCUCCUCCAGGACCUGCAGGACUUCUUCAGGAAGAAGUCGGAGAUCGAGAUGGAGUACUCCAGGAACCUGGAGAAACUGGCAGAGAGGUUCAUGGCUAAGACUCGUAGCACCAAGGACCACCAGCAGUACAAGAAGGACCAGAACCUGCUGUCCCCGGUCAACUGCUGGUACCUGCUGCUGAACCAGGUGAGGAGGGAGAGCAAGGACCACGCCACCCUCAGUGACAUCUACCUGAACAACGUCAUCAUGCGCUUCAUGCAGAUCAGCGAGGACUCCACACGCCUGCUCAAGAAGAGUAAGGAGAUAACGUUUCAGCUUCAGGAAGACUUGAUGAAGGUCCUCAAUGAGCUCUACACUGUGAUGAAGACCUACCACAUGUACCACACGGAGAGCAUUAGUGCAGAGAGCAAGCUGAAAGAGGCGGAGAAGCAGGAGGAGAAGCAGAUUGGCCGGGCCGAGCCCGUCUUUAGCAUCCGCCUGGAAGACAAGCACCAGAGACGCAGCUCCGUCAAGAAGAUUGAGAAGAUGAAGGAAAAGCGCCAGGCCAAGUACUCGGAGAACAAGCUGAAGUCAAUCAAAGCACGGAACGAGUACCUGCUGACACUGGAGGCGACAAAUUCCUCCGUCUUCAAGUACUACAUCCACGACUUGUCCGACUUAAUUGACUGCUGUGAUCUAGGCUACCACGCCAGCCUGAACCGUGCCCUGCGGACCUACCUAUCGGCUGAGUACAACCUGGAGACUAGUCGCCAUGAGGGCCUAGACAUCAUCGAGAACGCCGUGGACAGCCUGGACCCCCGCAGCGACCGCCAGCGCUUCAUGGAGUUGUACCCCACAGCCUUCUGCCCGCCCAUCAAGUUCCAGUUCCAGUCCCACAUGGGCGAUGAGGUGUGCCAGAUCGCGAUGCAGCCGCCAGUGAGCGGAGAGCUGAUGUUGAGGUUCCAGCAGCUACAGUCCCGCCUGGCCACUCUGAACAUCGAGAACGAGGAGAUCAAGAAGACGUCGGAGGCCACCCUGACCACCAUCCAGGACAUGGUGACCAUCGAGGACUACGACGUCUCCGAGUGUUUCCACCACAGCCGCUCCACCGAGUCGGUGAAGUCCACCGUGUCGGAGACCUACCUCAGCAAGCCCAGCAUCGCCAAACGGAGGGCCAACCAGCAGGAGACGGAGCAGUUCUACUUCAUGAAAUUCCGGGAGUUUCUGGAGGGCAGCAAUCUCAUCUCCAAACUGCAGGCCAAGCACGACCUGCUGAAGAGGACUCUGGGAGAAGGUCACCAAGGGGACUAUAUGACCACAAGGCCUCCCAAUGUGCCGCCCAAACCUCAUGGUGGCACAAAUAGGAGGGCUAGGCCCCGCUCGGUCUUUAACGUUAAGUUGUUUAAUGGCAAUCUGGAGUCCUUUGUCAAGGACUCUGGACAAGCUAUUCCCCGUGUGGUCGAAAGCUGUAUUCGAUUCAUCAAUCUCUAUGGCCUUCAACAUCAAGGGAUAUUCCGUGUGUCCGGGUCUCAGAUGGAAAUCAAUGACAUCAAGAACUCAUUCGAGAGAGGUAACGACCCAUUGACAGAUGAAGAGAACAACCACGACAUCAACUCGGUGGCCGGGGUUCUCAAACUCUACUUCCGGGGCCUGGAGAAAUCCCUCUUGCCCAAGGAAAGAUUUAACGACCUACUGUCCUGCGUCAGAAUAGAGAACCUGUAUGAGAGGUCCCUGUACAUCCGUAAGAUCCUCCUGACCGCCGUGCCCAGGUCCAUCCUCAUCGUGAUGCGCUACCUCUUCGCCUUUCUCAACCACCUGUCCCAGUACAGCGACGAGAACAUGAUGGACCCCUAUAACCUGGCCAUCUGCUUCGGGCCCACCCUCAUGCCCACACCCAACAUCGAGGACCAGGUGUCGUGCCAGGCACACGUCAACGAGAUCAUCAAGACCAUCAUCAUCCACCACGAGACCAUCUUCCCCGACACCAAGGAGCUGGAUGGGCCUGUCUACGAGAAAUGCAUGGCCGGGGAAGACUACUGUGAGAGUCCCUACAGCGAGCAUGGGGCCAUAGAGGAGGUGGACAAUGAGGGAGGCACUGAGACGCAUACCAGCGAGGACGAGGGUGAGCCCAUCGAAGCGAUUGCCAAGUUUGACUACGUGGGGCGUUCGGCCAGAGAGCUGUGCUUCAAGAAAGGCGCCUCCCUGCUGCUGUACCAGCGGGCAUCGGACGACUGGUGGGAGGGACGGCACAACGGCAUUGACGGCCUGGUACCUCACCAGUACAUCGUGGUGCAGGACAUGGAUGAUAAUUUCUCAGACACGCUGAGUCAAAAGGCUGACAGUGAGGCCAGCAGCGGUCAUGGAGCUGAGGACAAGUGUUCAGGAAAAGACAUGAGCUCUCCUACGGACACCAGGAUCUCUGACGCCUACAUUGGCAGGCAUAGGAAGAGGACAGAGCCCCCCUCCCGCCGCCCCCCGGCACGCCCCAAUGAUGUCAACUGCAUGGUGCACCCCUCCCAGCAGACCCACGGGGGCCAGGCUCACACCCCUGAGAUGGGCUCCCCGGUGCUGGGUCACUCCUUCAGCCCCCGGGACCUGCUGCGGAGCCGCAACCACGGCCAGCUUCUCAUGGAUAGCCCCGAACACCGACGCCGCACCGGCCACGGCAGCCUGACCAACAUCAGCCGCCACGAGUCGCUGAAGAAGAUCGAAAGCCCGCCCAUUCGACGCUCCACAAGCUCGGGCCAGUACACGGCCAUGUUCCAGGAGCCCCACCCCCACCCGCACGGUGGUGGCAAGGCCCUUGAUCCGGAGACCAUCGCACAGGACAUAGAGGAGACAAUGAACACGGCGCUGAACGAGCUGCGUGAGCUGGAGAGGCAGAGUUCGGCCAAGCACGCCCCCGAUGUUGUGCUGGACACCCUGGAGCAGAGGCAGUCGACUGGGGGUCCCACCCCAGCCAGCUCCAGCGAGUCCCUCAGCCCCCUCCACAACAUCCUUCUGAGGGCUCAGACCGGCGAGGCUGGGGGGCCCCCGAUGCGCCGCAGCACCAGCUCUUCCAGCGACACCAUGAGCACCUUCAAGCCGGUAGUGGUACCCCGCAUGGGAGUGCAGCUCAAGCCGCCUGCCCUGAGGCCCAAGCCCCUGGUGCUGCCCAAGACGGGCCCAGCUCACCCCCCCGCGCACCCUCCCCAAGACCCCCUGGACAAGUCGUGCACCAUGUGAACUUUGAACUCUGGGACGGGACCACGGACCGACAGGAAACUGGGAGAGGGUCUCUGACUACAUACAGUAGCAACAUGUUGUCAUUGUCUAUAGAUAGAUAGAUAGAUAGAUAGAUAGAUAGAUAGAUAGAUAGAUAAUAACAACAACAACAUUGUGUAAGACAGUAUGAGAACAAUCCAUUGCCUGGACAUUGAUCAAAGACAUUAAAGUAAGCAAUAUGUGUUUUCUUGCAGUGUCUAGAAGUUAACCAGAGUCCAGUAAGUUAACCACAUUUAUUAACAAUGAAAACGGGAACAUUGUCAGGUCUGCUAGACAGACUGAACUACCACAAGGAAAGGGGCAUGUUUCAGUGUGACUAACUAUUUAACAGACAAAUAAUUUUGUCAAGAUCCAUAUGGAAAAUACUGUAGAAUCUGCUGAAAUGCCUAGCGUCGCUAGAUAAGUCAACUUUUUCUUCUUGAUCAUUACUAUAUACAGAACAACAAAUCACAAAGGCUUCCUUUGAGGUUAGAGAAACGAGUCUGGUAGUUUACAAAUACUAGAGAACUACAAAAGAAUGAAUGCUAAAGAAACAAAGUAGUGCACGUUGCAAUUCUGUUUUGUUUACUACUCAGCCAUGGGAACUAUGGGAAAUGUAGUCCGUGUCAGCUGAACCUGACUGGGGUUUUCUUCUCACUUAGAUGGACAACGCUUAGAUUUAGAGUACUGAUCGUAAGGCCUUACUGCCACUCAGAAAUAUAAGCUGUCAAUAGUGAAAGUUCAAACCACCAUUUGAAAGCUGCUGGGAGUUUGGAUGUAGCUAAUGUUUAUAGCCGAGACUGAAGCAGGGAGGGCAAGAGUCCAGGUAUGUGUGUGAUCAUAAGGAUGCACUCUCACAUACAGCUUUGGCCAAAUAUAUUAGCACCCUUGCACUUUUCUUAAAUAAUUCCCUAUUUCUUCUAAAUAAAUUGCAAUUGGAAAAAACUUUUGGUCUCCACACCUUGUUAUUGAAUUUUCAACAUUGCAGAACAUAUUUUAUUU